AUGGCUGUUCUAUAUUACUUUCCCGAGCCGGAAACUCUGUAUGAGUGCGUUGGUUUGAAAUUCCGACUGCUGUCGAUCGUCUGCUGUAAUGGCUUCUUUGAGCAUGGUGGCCGUUUCUUUAUCAACAAGUGGACUCGAAUCUACUCCCUGUUCUGUGCCUGUCUGGCUGUGCUUGGGCUAUCCGGCGCCAUCUAUGCCCUGCUGCAGAAUGAGCUGCUGCGAAAGCGAGUGCUUCGAGUGGACAAACUGGUCCUGAGUAUAAUAGGACUAGAAGUGGUGAUAUCGACGCUAGUGUUUAUUAUCACAGUGAUCUCGCUUCAGGCCUGUGCACAUAAUCAUUUAAGCAUCUACAAGCGGCUCGCGGCGAUUGAUAGGUCGCUGAUUGACGAUUUUGGUGUCAAUCUCAGAUAUGCCAAGCUUAUGCGAAAAAAUAUCAUAGUGCUCACAAGUGUCAGCAUUCUGUAUUUGGCUUCUGUGAAUACGGUGAUGGUAUGUCUCGCCAAGGGUCAUAAUUUUGGGCUUAUGGUGUCCGCAGCACUGUGCUACACGGUCAUCACCGGUGGACCACACUUAACGGGUUAUGCUCACAUGAUACUUGCUGAACUGCUCAGCAUACGAUUUCGAUUAGUGCAGAAGAUUCUCAAGCCACGGCUACUCUACAGGCAGUUUGGCCAGGAUCAGCUAAUGGAGCGACGAAUGCGUACCUUGGUGAAUAUGGUCAAGGAGCUGUACUACAUCAUCCAGAAGAUCAAUGAAGUAUACAGUCUCAGCUUAUGGUCUGCCAUGGCACACGACUUUACCCUAAGCACCUGUGAGCUAUUUAUCAUAUUUGGUCGAUCCGUUGGCAAUAGUAACAUUAGCACCAACACCAACAACAGCAGCAGCAACGAUAGUGAAGACAACUUGGGCUUCAUGUUACUCGCUUCUCUGUCCGUCUGCAUGCUGGUGCCAUUCUACAAGAUGCUCAUCGGUCCCGUCUACUGCAACAAGAGCGUGGAGGAGGGACGCAAAUGUCUGCAGCUGUUGGAGCAGUUAGACAACUGGUUUCCAGGACGCCCAGCUAUGAAGCAGCUGGUGGAAUCUAUGAUGCGUUGGCGUUUGCAGUUUAAAAUCGAAUUUACGAGCGGGACGGGCACUGUGCUUAAUAAAACUAUAAUCACUCUGUAUACGUCGAUUGUGUGUAAUUAUUUGCUGGUGCUCAUCUCGUUUGCGAUGACACAGAAGUUGGGCGAGCAGGUGGAGCAGCAGAAAGUCGCAUUGCAGGAUUGGAUAGGCUUUUAA